AACAAAAUGAUAAGGAUGAAUCUUCAACUGUUAUCCACUAUUAUGCGAUAUCAGAUCGACUUGAUGCAACUGCUUCGUGGUCAAAUGUCGAAGUGCUUGUCGAAAAAGUGAAAGAAGCAAUUACGAACGCAUGCAAGACUCAAGGUAUUCGGCCAAAGCCAUACAUUGGCGCUCGAAUUGAUCAUAUAUAUGACACAGGUGCAAGCAUAACUUUCACUUAUGGAUUCAAUUCUCACAAUCUCAGUGAUCCUCUUAGUGCAUUAAGGUUUAUAGAACAAGUUGCGUUAGCUGAGAUAUUACAAUCAAACGGAUCCGUUUCACAUAAUAUUUCCGGCAUAGGGAAAAGAAAAAAAGAAUGCUUUCGAGAGUCUUUAAGCGAGCCUGCUGUUAAAGUUUUGAAGAACAUGAAAAAGUAUGUAUCCAUUAAGUAA